AUGGAAUCGUUUACAUUUGAACUUUUCCCGUCACGAGGACUAAUCCAUAUUUCUCUAUUCCGAAACGUAACAAACGCAGCAGAACUUCGCAAGCGACUCCUCGCCAGAGACCAAGAACUAUCAUAUGCUUUUAUCGACGCGCGAGUCGUCUUUGACUUGUUUCAAGUACUAGUCGCGGUAAAUAACGCAUUGUAUUAUGAAAAACUUGAAAAACUUAAAACUUUUAAUGUCCAUUCGGAAAUUGUGUACUUUCUUUCUCCUACAACUAAUAUCACAGAGUCAUUACGGCGAUUUGGAAUUUCGGAUGUGACUAAUGCUAUUCUGGUUGUCAAAGUUGGUGGUGAUGCUACUGAUGUCAAAUCUCAUCUUUCUUCACUCAUACAAGGUGAGAUGGAAUCGAAUCUUGACACAAUUUCACAUUUCGCGGAUUUAGGAACUAUCAAAAAAUAUUAUAAAAUUGAUAAUAAAAUGACUGAUAGACGCGAAAUUCUGGAAUGUUUGAUUGGAACUAUUGCGAUUAAACCUGUUCUUUAA